AUGCAGGCCUUCCGCCGUGGAACCGUCUCGGCUCUCCAGAAUGCUGCCCGUAUGCAGCGUCGAGGAUAUGCCAACGCCUACGCUGAGACUGUCAACAACCUCCGCAUUAACGGUGACACCAAGGUUAUCUUCCAGGGGUUCACUGGAAAGCAGGGAACCUUCCACGCUGAGCAGGCUAUCGCCUAUGGCACAAAAGUUGUUGGUGGUACCAACCCCAAGAAGGCCGGAUCGAUGCACCUUGACAGACCUGUCUUCGCGAACGUGAGCGAUGCCGUGAAGGAGACCGGAGCUACUGCUUCCGCUAUCUUCGUUCCCCCCCCAUUGGCUGCUGCUGGUAUUGAGGAGGCCAUCGCCGCCGAGGUUCCUCUGGCUGUCUGUAUUACUGAGGGUAUUCCCCAGCACGACAUGGUCCGUAUCACCGACAUGUUGAAGACCCAGAACAAGACCCGUCUUGUCGGUCCUAACUGCCCCGGUAUCAUUGCUCCCGGCCAAUGCAAGAUCGGUAUCAUGCCCGGAUUCAUCCACAAGCGUGGUCGCAUCGGUAUCGUCUCUCGAUCCGGUACUCUGACAUACGAGGCUGUCAACCAGACCACCCAGGCUGGUCUUGGUCAGUCUCUCGUCGUUGGAAUUGGUGGUGACCCCUUCUCGGGAACCAACUUCAUCGACUGCCUGCGCAUCUUCCUCGAGGACGAGGCCACCGAUGGUAUCAUCAUGAUUGGUGAGAUUGGUGGUAGCGCCGAGGAGGAUGCCGCCGAGUUCUUCAAGGCCAACAACAAGUUCAACAAGCCCGCUGUCGGCUUCAUCGCUGGUAUCAGUGCUCCCCCGGGUCGCCGCAUGGGUCACGCCGGUGCCAUCGUUAGCGGUGGUAAGGGUGAUGCCAACUCUAAGAUCACCGCCCUUGAGGAUGCUGGUGUUGUUGUUGAGAGAAGCCCGGCUGCGCUGGGCAAGACUCUGCUCGCCGAGUUUGUCAAGAGAGAUCUUGUCUAA